AUGCUACCGAUUCAUGUCGCCCAGUCCCUGAGCCCGCAAUGGCCUUGUCGGGAAUUGCAAUCGCGACAACUCGCGAGCCUGUUUGCUCCCGGACUAUCUAGCCCACCUACUGUCGUAGUCCACGGUAUAUCUGCCACUUGCAAAUCGACUAUCGUGAGCAAUGUUCUCUCAACUAUCCAAGUGCCGCAUGCUAUAGUUCGGAGUCCGGAGUGCAUCACAGGCCGCCAUCUCUUGACCAAGAUACUAUGGGCGAUACUAGACGCCCUCGGCCGAAGAGAUGAGUGGGAGCGCUUUGGGAAAGGCAGGUGUGAGCACGUCAGUUCCCUCACGGUGCUUCUCGGGGAAUGUCUGGCUUCAACCCCUGGGAAGCCGGUUGAAAAGUUUAUACUGGUUUUGGAUGGCAUCGAUAAACAACGAGAGGCACCCCCUACGUUACUGUCGGCGCUGGCGCGUCUAGGGGAAGUGAUACCGUCCCUGUCUGUUGUCUUAAUCCUAAGCUCUACUCCGCGACCACUAUUCCUACAGGCGACAGGUGUCCCUCAUAUCAGUUUCCCUCCCUAUACCCGCAAGGAAGCCACCACCAUCAUCUUGAAUGCAGGCGCACCGGCAGUGCUCGGCCUUGCGGCCGAAACUUCGUCCCAACUAUAUCCCCACUUCGUCUCCGCAGUCUACGACUCUCUUGUCGGUCCCACUGCAAGUUCCAUACCGGCUUUUAAGACCAUUUGUGAAAAGCUAUGGCCGCAGUUCGUGUCGCCCAUCACCAACGGUGAAGCUCCGCCGGGCGGCAACGAGGAUUGGGAUUUCUCUCGACUUCUAGUCAAAAACCGUGCCUUGUUCAGACGGCGAGGCGAGGCAGCUCUCGUCCAUCACAUUGUCACCGAAGACACGCCUCCCGCAAAUGGCUCGCUCCUAAAGUCAUCAUCCUCAUUAGCUGUCUCGGCCCCUUCACCCCUCCCAUCACUACCCUACUUCGCUACACUCGUCUUAACCUCCGCCUACCUAGCCUCACAUACCCCGCAAAGACUUGACACAAUCUUCUUCUCCAAAUUCUCCUCUUCAUCCUUAUCCGCUCGAAACAAACGCGCACACCAUAGAAGGCGACUAAAAGUCCUCUCCCAGGCCCAAGCAUCAGAUCAAAAGGCCCAAGAUCCGUCAACGCCAAAGAGAAGAGGCAAGGGCUCGAGGACAAAGACCCGCAUCACCAAAUCCAUCCUUGACUCCGCCUUCGCUACCUCGUCCGCAACAACCUCCGCUCCCGGCGGCGGACCUGGUAUCAUGGGCCCGUCAACUAUUCUCACUGCGCGUCCCUUUCCCCUCGAGCGGCUUAUCGCAAUCUAUCACGCUAUUGACCCUAAUCCGCCCGCGAACGCAUCACGGCUCACUGCAAUAGCCGAUACGAUCUACGCGGAGCUUGCUACUCUGCGUCGGCUACGGCUGGUCGUACCCGCUGCAGGACGUGCAAGUGGGAGUCGCAUGGGUCUUGGUUCUGGAGGUGUCAACAGCGGGAAUACGACGGCUGAUGUGGGUGAGAAAUGGUGCGUGAAUGUAUCCGGUGAUUGGAUCGGGGAGAUGGCCAAGGGGAUUGGAGUUGAGGUCGGAGAAUGGUUAGCUGGUGGGUUGGAUUGA